UUAAUGUCUGAUCCAGCAGCCACUUCCAAUCGCGGAGCUCGUCGCCAAAAUCCGCCCACAGGUCACAAGCCUCCGCCGCAGUCGCCACUGCUCGCAACGAUGCCGCCGCCGCCGAACCCUGGCUUCCUCCUCCUCCGCUCCCAAACCCUAACUCCUCGCUUCCGGCGAAGCCCCAGCUGCGACCCACUCCUUUGCCGGCCCAGGCGGUGCCUCUCCGCGCGCGCCUCCGCCGCACAACUGUCCGCCGCGGGCGUCGCGACGGCGCAGCAACCUGAGCUUGGGGUGGAGGAUGCGGUGGUGGGCUUCGUCACCGGCAAGAGGAGGGCCACCGAAGUAGCCCACGCGGUGUGGAGAAGUAUUGUUCGGAAAGGGGAUACAGUGGUUGAUGCCACAUGCGGGAAUGGCAACGACACGCUUGCUUUGCUUAAGAUGGUGGCUGAUGAAAGAGCGCAGGGGUGUGUGUAUGGGAUGGACAUUCAAGAUUCGGCAAUAGAGAGCACUUCCUCUUUUCUGAAAAUGGCUGUGGAUGAUGACCAUCAGCGGGAACUAGUAAAGCUAUUUCCGAUAUGUCAUAGUAGAAUGGAGGAAAUUGUUCCCAAAGAUGCUCCUGUCAGGCUUGUAGCUUUCAAUUUGGGCUACCUUCCAGGAGGAGAUAAAACGCUAAUCACAGUACCUAGGACAACUGAGCUAGCAUUGCAAGCUGCCAGCAGAAUUCUCAGUUCUGGGGGACUAAUAAGUGUUCUUGUCUACAUCGGGCAUCCAGGUGGAAGGGAUGAACUCGAUGUUGUUGAAUCAUUUGCGUCAAGCCUUCCGCUUGAUACCUGGGCGAGCUGCAAACUUCAAAUGGUCAAUAGGCCAGUUGCUCCAGUACUCAUUCUUCUGAACAAAAAGUGAUCACAGUUUCAAUAGAGCAGCACAAUGUUGGGACUUGGGCAUUGUGGGUGACCAGCACUCAGCAUUUCGCAGUGACCACACUUGCCAAUGGAGCUCAGUACUACAACGUACCAAGGAUUCAAAUUUUAAGCUGGCAUUGGUCGCAUUUUGGUUGAGUCUGCUACAUGGGGUGCAAUAUUAACCAGCUGCUUGGCAUUUGCACAAGCUUUGAGUGCAACUGCAGUGUGCUUUGUGCAUAAUUUUAAUAUCCCUCCUUAUUUGUGCUGUCCUUUUCAUAACUUGUAGAAUUUUCCACUUGGUUGGCAUUACAAUUUACUUAUAGCGGCAAGGGGUGCUUCUUAAAUGUGUUAAUGGGCUCCAGACAAAUUUCCAUAGCAUUUGCUGCUGAAGCCAUGUGUUCUUAAACAUGAGUAGAUGAUUCCACCAUAGACUAAAUUCAAACUGCAUUUACCAUGUAUAUAGCAACCUGACUCCAACUCCAGCAUUGGGCCAGUGCUUUAAAAAAGAGCGCUAUCUCUGGCAUGAUAAACUCGACUCUUCCAACAAGAACAUGAACAAUUCUCAUACGUACACUAAAAAAUCACGCAUUCCUGUGCCAUACUAGAUAUUCCGUUCCGCCCAUUAUUAUUUAAUCUACUGUGCAUGAAAGCAUGUAUUCAGGGCAACAUGGAGGUUGAAGGUUGCAAGCUGCUAAGGAGUCGAUGAUCCAUGCGCUGCUCAUAACUUUGCCGCCAGAAGCUCAGGUCAAAGCCUGAGCAUUAGCUUGGCUACGACUACCAUCGACACCAUCAGAGGAUUUUGGUUUCACCUUGUCUUAUUCUUGAUGCUGCAGACGACGAGGAUGAGGGAGCUGUAGUUGAGCAACUUCUGCUGGUCUCUUUGAGGCAGGCUUUCUCUGCAGGAUAGUUCCUCCGGCCGCAACCUCACAUAACAAGGGCACACGAUCUUAUGUUGUUGACAACCAGAUGGACAUAAAAUGCUUGGUGUAUUAGAACCGAUGUUCGAUCCGCUUUGUUUACUUGUACCAUCCAAGGGUAAAUGUUGGUGUAUUCA